AUGACGUUGCCCAGUCUUAGAGAGGCGGCUCAGAAAGACAUUGCUGAGGUCGGCCACCCCGCCAGCCACGGAAAGACCCGCCACGCUGGACGCUGUGCUGUUCGCAGCUACGGCCACCAGGCGGCGCACGUGUCCAAAUACAGUUGCUGCUUCGGGCGGGAAGGGUCCCCAGCUCCCAGGGUCUGCUGCAAGGAAUGGUACUUCCUGGCCUUGGACUCCAUUUUCCUCUGCAUCUACGUAUUGGAAGCUCUGCUCAAGAUCAUUUCCCUGGGCUUCGGUUAUUUUUGUGACUCCUGGAACAAUCUAGACUUCUUCAUCAUGGUCGUGGCUGUGCUGGACUUUGUUCUCAUGCAGCUCCAUUCCGUCUCCAUCUACCACAAAAGCCUCUUCCGCAUCCUCAAGGUCUUCAAGAGCAUGCGGGCCCUGAGGGCCAUCCGAGUUCUACAGAGGCUCAGCUUCCUGACCAGCCUCCAUGAAGUGACAGGGACCCUGGGCCGAUCCUUGCCGUCCAUCGCGUCCAUCCUCAUCCUCAUGUUUACCUGUCUCUUCCUCUUCUCCGUGGUUCUCCGGGCACUGUUCCGAAGAUCAGACCCCAAGCACUUCCAGAACAUUUUCACCACCAUCUUCACCCUCUUCACUAUGCUUACCCUGGAUGACUGGUCCCUCAUCUACACGGACAGCCGGGCCCAGGGAGCCUGGUACAUCAUUCCCAUUCUCAUGAUUUACAUCGUCAUCCAGUACUUCAUCUUCCUCAACCUGGUGAUCGCUGUCCUGGUGGAUAACUUCCAGAUGGCACUGAUCAAAGGCCUAGAGAAAGUGAAGCAGGAGAGGGCCGCCCGCGUCCAUGAGAAGCUUCUGGAUGACUCGCUGACGGAGCUCAGCCAGGAAGACCCUGAAGAGAUCAUGAGUGAUACCACUAUGCAAAAGCAGCUCAUUGAGAGAAAGUUUGGGGCCAUGACUGAGAAGCAGCAGGAGCAGCUGUUCCACUUCCUGCAGCUGGUGGCCGCGGUGGAGCAUCAGCAACAGAAGUUCCGCUCCCAGGCGUCGGUCAUCGAUGAGAUUGUGGACACUGCAUUCGAGGCUGGGGAAGAGGACUUCAGGAAGUGACCCCUGGAGAGGGACACCAGAGAGACUUCAGCGUCUGACAAGCUGUCCACGGGGGUGGGUUGGGACAAGUCCCCACAUCUGCUGGAGUGAUUGUCCUGGCCCUGCAAGGUUGGGGCCCCAAGAGAGUUUUAAAACCCCA